AUGACAUACAAUGUAAACAAUACUAAUAUGGCUGAAUACUUAAAUAAAUUAAGGGUGUAUGACCUGAAUCAGUUAUGUAGAAAAUUUUUAUUACCACAACAUGGGAAGAAGGUAGCCAUAGUUGAGCGUAUAUUACAAUACAUAACUGAUGUUGAAAGAGAAGAACAAAUAUAUGAAUUCAUUUUGGCAACCAAACCAUCAAUAUUUAAUAUAAUAAAUGAUAAAAGUAUGAGUGCAAAUAUACUUCAUGAUAGUAGUAAAUUAUUUUUUUCUAAUGUUAAUUAUGUUACAAAUGAUCAUAAUAUUAAUCUUAAUUUUAAUAAUGUAGAUAAACUUGCAUAUGCAAGCAGUGACACUCCUUCAACGAAAAAAGCUUCUUCUUCUACAGCAAGAAAAAGCAAAGUCAAAAUAUACGAAGAGGAUAAUGAAUUUUCGACGUGUGUAUGUGGAGGAAUGUCUAGAAAUAUCAGCAGCAAGAACGGAAUAGUAAAAUGUAUUGAAUGCAAAAAAAAUCAACACAUAAGUUGUUAUAUACCUAAUUCAUUUAUAAAUAAGGAUUUGAGAAAUUAUGAAAUAUUAUGUAUAGCUUGUCGUAUGAAAGAUAUGGAUCCUUUUUAUCCUAUGAAAAAAGUAUUAUGGAUGAAGAAUAUAAGUGCGAAUACUGAAAAGUUAAUGAUUAAUGCUAGUGAUAUUAAACAAUGGAGAAAUGAAAAUAAAGAUGUUAUAGUAUUCUGCAUUAAUUUGGAACCUCAAAAUCUAAAUAAUACAACACCCAUAAAACAAGAAUGGCCAAAGACAUUUAAUUUGAAGGUUAAUGGAAAUAUUACCGAAAAAAUAUUUGAACCCUCAUGGGAACAUAAAAGAAGAGAUAGUCCAUUAAAAAUUACUCAUACAUUAAAAGCAGGUAUUAAUAAUAUUGAUAUUAUUAGUACAAAUUAUGAUGUACCUAAAUUAUUUGUUGUUACUUUUGCCCUAUGUAAAUAUGAACCUGAACAAGUCAUAAUUGAAAAUGUUAUUUUAAGAAGUUCUUUAAAUUUUAAAGAUGCAAAAGAGAGAAUUGUAAAUAUAUUAUCUACAAAACAUGAUAGUGACGAAGUUAUGUGUAUGGAAAUUAAUAGAAAGGUUAGUUUACAUUGUCCAUUUUCCUUAGAUAGAAUUUUGAUACCGUGUCGAGGUAUCAUGUGUUCACAUAUAAAAUGUUUUGAUUUAAAAUCAUUCAUUGAUGUUACGAAAAAAACAAAAGCAUUUAAUAAUCGAUGGAAAUGUCCUAUAUGCUCUUUUUAUUUACGACCAAAGAGCCUUGUUAUUGAUACAUUUAUUACUUAUAUACUCUCACAAGUGCCCAAAGAUAUUAAGGAAAUUGAGCUAAGUAAACAAGCUGAAAUUAUUUUCAAUAAGAAUAAUCAGGAACCAAAAGUGAUAAAACAGUUGGAUGACGUAGACGCACUGGAUUUGCAAAAAAAACAUAUUGAUAUUAAAAACGAGUAUAUUAUGUUCAAAUCUAAUAAUGAACAAAAGAAUAAUGAUAAGUCUUUCAAUAAUGAUGAAAUAAUAAUUUUAGAUUCAGACACAGAUGAUAACAACAAUACAUAUAAUGCCAACUGUGAUAAAUACAAUAUGGAAAAAAAUAAUAACAUUAUACAAGGCAAUCAAGAAGUUAUAUGUAUAUCUGAUAGUGAUGAAGAAAAUGUUUAUGAUAAAAAUAAAAAUGGUAAUAAUAUUUCGAAUGAUAAAGGUUCAUCUCAUAAAAAUGGAAUAGGAUAUGAAGAUGUAAAUACAAGAGUUAAUCAAAUAUUAAAAAGAAAUUUAUUACAAUCAAAAGGUGCAACAUUUGUUGGUAGUCCUGAAAUAUUUUUUAAUAAUAUUGUUCUUGAUGUCUUGACUGAUUUUAAUAAUAUUCAUGUUAAUGAAAUUUCAAGUAUACAAGAUUAUGAUAUUAUGUUAAAAGAAAAAACAAAGACUAUAAGUAAUAUUAAUAAAAUUGCCAACAUACCUAAUGAUGAUAAAAAUGUUACAUCUUCUACUACUAAUAAUAUUCAUAAUGAUCUUGAUUUGUCUGCUGUAGCUCUCUUAGAAUAUUACAGUAAAAAAAAUAAUAUUCCUAAGGAUUUGUCUUAUAUAAACUCACAUCUCUCCCCCUUUGAGAUAAAUCCAGUCGAAAAUUACCUAAAUAUUUCUAAUCCUUUAGAUGAAAAUGAUAAUCGUUUAUUAGAUACACUAAAAAAGAAGAAUGUAGAUACUUCAGGGGUUUCAAUUGAAAAUCAGUUAGAUUCUAUAACAAAGAGUUUUAAUAAUAUAAUUCAAAGUGAUAAUAAAAAUGAUAAUAAUAAUAAUAAUAAAAAUAAUAAUAGUAAUAUUACUAAUAAUAAUAAUAAUAGUAAUAUUACUCAUAAUAAUAAUAGUAAUUAUUAUAAUCUCAGUAGUUGUAGUGAUUAUAAUAGCAAUUAUGACAAUGAUAAUUUCAUUCCAUUCGACGUUUUUAAUAUAAAUGAAGCGCAUUUAUCAUUAGAACAAACCCAACAAAUAGUCUCCCCUGAUAUACUUAAUAACACAGAUAAUAAUAAUUCUAAUAUAAAUAAUAAUAAUAGAAAUUUUUACUUAAAAUUUGAAGACAGGUUUAAUAUGAACAAUGAUAGAAUAUUUACAAAUAAAUUACCAGAUGAAAAUAAUUUCCAAGCUUUAAAUGAACUGAAUAAAGAACUUAGAAACGCGCACAAUCUUAGUAUAAUGAAUUAUGAUAAUACUAAUAAAAAAAAUAACAACAACAACAAUAAUAAUAAUAAUAAUAAUAGUAAUAAUAAUAAGUUAAAUAAGAAAAAAAGGAGGAAGAAAUAUUCAAUUACUACAAAUAUAAAUAAAAAGAAAAAUAACAAGAUUAAACGUAGUAAUAAUAUUAAUAAUUCCUAUUCUAGUUUUAGAAGAAUUGAUAGUAUAGGUAAUAAUUUUAAUUUCUCUAUGAUAAAGUAUAGUAAUAAACAUAACUCAAAUAAAAAUAAUAAUAAUUAUAAUAAUAAUAAUAAUAAUAAAAAUAACAAUAAUAACAAUAAGAGAACAAAUACAAAUAAUAAAACUAUUUAUCAAUAUAUUAAUCAUAACAAUACAAAUCAAAAUUUUAUCAAACGAUUAAGGAAAAAUAAACGAAUUAGUAAAAAAGACAAAAACCUAAAAGAAAAUCAAAAAAAGAAAAUGAAACGAAAAUAG